AUGGCGGACGAAAACUACUCCAAAAAGAGUUUACGGAAGCUACAGUACGAGGUUUGUUCAAAACUGACCUGUAAUGUGUGUCCAAAAUAUAGUUGUACGUCAUUGAAAAUGUACGAUGAACAUUUGAAUUCAAAGAAGCAUUUAAGAAGAAAGUUUCGCCAAGAAAGCGAAAGUGUUUGGUACUGCGAAGCAUGUCAACUGAAACUACCAAAUGAAAACGAAUGGAUCAAACAUCUAACUGGUCGACGUCAUGAUAAGGCAAUGACAUCUCUGGCUCUCAAAGUAUUUCCGACAUGCAAGGUUGUCACACCUCAGGAAAUCUCACUUUUGGAUGAAUCAUUCGUGCAAGAAGAGGACGAUACGUUCUCGUCAACCAUUCAAGGAAUUCAUGCCGGUGAUGGCUGAAAAAUCAGUAGCCAGUCACUAAACUCUUGUUUCGAAGAAAGCAUGAUUAGGAAAUCAUCAAAAACGUAAAGGAACAACGUUUUGAUAAUUUGAUGUUAGCUGCAGCCAAGGAACACACAACAUGAAUCUUAUCAAUCUUAUCAAUCCAUAAAUAAAUUAUCUUCUUUAGUAUUGUAAAUAGCUAUUAUAUUGUCCAUGUUAUGGUAAUUCCUAUACUAAUAAUUAUAU